ACGUCAUUUUUAAACAAAAAAAAACACUAAUAUACAUCAUUCUCUCGUUCUCUCUCGAUGCCGACAGAACACAAAGAACCCUAGUCCUAAAUCUCUCACUCUCUCUCGAAAAUCUAUAACCUUCUAUCCAAAUCUCUCAUUCUGUCGAAAUCAAAAGCGAAAUCCAGAAACCCUCAUCUAUCUUUUAACCCGAAAGAACCCUAAUCUCUCAUCCCUUUCUGAAACGAUGGGAUCGAGAAAGAAGCAGAAACAAUCCCAACAAUCUCCCCUUCCCUCGCAGUACCAGUUCUUCCCUAGGACGACAGCUCCUCCUGUCCCCAACCGCCGAUCUCCACCAGGCGUGAGUGACUACCCACCUCCGAGGCAACUCUUCCAAGACUCACAUGCCCGAACUGAAGCUGCUUCUGCGCAUCUUCCUCAACCAUCUCCACCUCCACCUCCACAACCUCGACGGUCUGAAACGUCAGCGGCGCGAAAUGGUCCGAGCAGUUCUGAGGCUCAAGACUCUGCGAGUACAGAACGUCCAGAAGCUGUGAACCCAACUCUCUCGGAUGGGUUCUUGCGUCAAAUCAACGAACUGAUUUCCCAGCCAAAUCGGGGCCGCGACAUACCCAUCCUUUCCCCAAACUUUGAGCCUGGAACAACAUGGUUUGGUCGUGACAAAGGGAAACUGACCCGGAGGAUCUCAAAGACUUUCAGAAAAAAGUUUGAUGCUGCUUAUUACAGUUGGACUGUUGUGCCUCGGGACAAACAAGAGACAAUAUUUAUAGAAUUUGCAAAAACUCACACUUGGAGUCAAAUACACACUGGUCUUGUCCAGGAAAAAUUUGAGAGCAUAUGUCAGCUACGUAUGAAAGACAUGGUUAGCAUUUGUAGGAGGAGUCGAAAGCAACCAAACUGGAUCCAUGAUACUCUGUGGGAAGAAAUGACAGCGUAUUGGGACACUCCUGCAGCGGAAAAAAAAAGUGAAACUGCAUCAGUGGCUCGUUUGUCUGAACGGAACGGACUUGGUCCACACAAGCACAACACUGGCCAGAAGUCUUUCCAACAAAUCGAAUAUGAAAUGGUUGAGGAAUUGGGCAGACCAGUUUCUCUUGGUGAAGUUUACAUCAAGACACAUACAAAAAAGGAUGGGACCUAUGUUGAUUUGAAAGCCGAGCAGGUUGCAGAGAUAUAUAAGAAGAACAAAGAAGCCAAGUUGACUGCCCUUGAGGCUGAAAACUCACAGAGUUCAGAUGGUGCUUCCAAUGAUCGACAGCUCUCCAUAGAGGAGGAUACCGAGAUAUUCCUUUUGUCUACUUUCACAGAUGAAAGAGGACAUUACUAUGGCAUUGGAAGCCUCCAGCAAACUCUCGUCAAUGGUAAACGGAAGUACAGUGAGGUCUCUUCUUCUGCAUUCCUUGACAUGAAUAAGCAGCUUGAAGAAGCUCACCGCAAAAUAGAAGAGCAGGCGGCUUCUAAUGCAGCCCAGGCUACUACUAUUGCUGAGCAGGGUGCUACUAUUGCAGAGCAGGGUGUUACUAUUGCAGAGCAAGCAAAGCAGAUCAAUGAGUUUGGUGUAGUGAAGAAGUUUCUGUCUGCAACUGAUCAUAGAUUUGAUCAGUUCGUAUCUACUAAUUCCACCACCUGAUCAUGCUUUCUUGUUUAUAUCUCUUGGACAUGAAACUUGACUUUUGUUUAGUUGUUUGUCAAUAUUUUCUGUAAACUCUCGGUGGUUGGUAACAUUUUUUGUAAACUCGGUGGUUUACAUUUUUUGUAAACUCUCGGUGGUUAACAUUUUCAGGUUAAAAUUAAUUAGUAUUUUCUA